GUUGAUCGACGGGCUGGUACAUGUAUUAUAAUACACCCUGCAGCAGUAUACCGCAGCAGUUCGACUAGCAGUUCGACGUUGGAACGAUCGUUAAAGGAUAUAUAUAUAUGAUUCCGUGCUGCACGCCACAUAAUAAUAUAUAGGAUUCGCGAUCCUGUUUCGCCAACGAAACCAUCACGUACAAGAUCGAGUCGUAUCGUUUGUAUAGCGUGUAACACAAGUGCAGGAAGAUAUGUUUCGGCGAAGGAAAGUGAACAGCAGCGGUAACGGUACCUCGUGUUUGUUUGUCCUCGGGAUCCUCGGGGUUCUGAUGGCCCUACUGGAAACAGGUGGGAUCGGAACAAAGCGUUUCUGCUCAUCAGUGAAUUUGGGAAAUUAUUGCGACGAAGUGAAACAACCCGGGGAUCAACUGACCUACCGCACCUGCGUUUACACCUGCGACUCGGACGGUUGCAAUCCAGCCUCGAGGAUAUCGCCCUCCAGCCAAUUAAACGUCCUCCAAUUGACGGCGAUGCUCGUGGUAUUUGGCUCUUUUUACAGCAUGAGAUAAAAUUUACAUAGCGCCGCUGCCAAAAUGUAGGUAGUUGAGAUUAGAACUUAAAAAAAUUUUUUUUUUGCUUUUUUUUCUACGAUUCUGUACAUAUUUAUCUAUACUCACUAGUGGAUAAACGGUCUCAUUAUCUCAUUAAUCAAUGGUAGAACAAUAUAAUAUGCUAUGCACAUAGGGUAAUGAUGAAUUUUGAAGUCAUACAAGCUUAUACACGUAUUACUUUCAUUUAAUUGUCUCUUUAUUCGUUAAGAUGUUUUAUUAUUUCAUCUCCUGUUUGAAAUUAUUUCAAUCGAUGAUUUACAAUUCAAACGUAAAUACACUAUACAUUGUUUAAUUGAUUAUCUUUGUAUAAGUUGUCUUUAUGCAGCAUCGCAAUCGCAUGACAAAACCAAAUUUUUAUAAAAUUGAUGUGUGAGAGAGUGUGUGUGUGGGCUUGCGCUCGCUCGCUGGCGCGUUGGGUGUUUGUAUUCUAGUGUGUGAAAUAUUGUUUUUUUUUUUUUUUUUUUUUUUGCGUGCUCUUUACAAGUAACUCUCUUUUCUUUGGCAUUAUUGCGUUAAGCGGCCAAAAUUCAUCGAGUCGUUAAAUUUUUUGUAAGUAUAUAUCAAACCAAAAUCAUGCUGAUCCUCGUUCGUUAAAUUUUGGCACGCUUGUGACUCAUUUAAAUUAUAGUCGACAACAAAUUGUCAAGUUUUUUUCAUAUAAACAUACGCUAAUCGAUGUGAAAAAUAUAAAACGUAGAUUGUUAUUACAAAAUGCUUGUACAUUCCAUUUUUUUUUUUUUUAAGAACGGUAUUAUUACUCUGAUUCUUUUUUUUCUUUUUUUCCUUUGAACUAUGUUAGCAAAUAUGCAAAAAGGCAGUGUCUCUUUUUCUCUUUUGUUUCAUAAAGGCACGCUAUAUGCAUAUAUGUUCAAUUACUGUGUAACUAUACUAUUAAGAUUAUGUACGGUGACGACGAAUCUUUGUGAUGACGAACGAAUUUAUAUUUGCUGUAGUAGAAAUAAAAACUGGUAUUUUAUUACUUUCCAAA